AUGACAUUUACGAGCAUAUUUCCCUGUAACUCACGAAUUGUCAUUUUCCUAUUUUUUUACCUUGUAAAUUUAUCUUUUAGUUUCAUUAAAAAUGAUUUUAAUAAAUCUUUUAUUAUCUCUCAGAAUUUUCCGUCUGACGACUCUCCAAACAACUUUGGCACAUUUAAUGUUACUCCGUUGUGUGCCAACAGGUAUUCUCGGAAUAGUCCAGAAAUGGACUUGUUAAUCUCAAGUAUAAACAAUCCUUCGUGGAUUCACGGGCCGUUGUAUAGUAACCGUCCCUACACGGAGAACCAAAUUCACAAGCUUAUGGAAUCUCUAUUGAAGCGUAAGAUCCACAUUAAUGAUCUUAAACGUGUGUUUUACAGGCCAGUGAUUAGGGAAGGAGAUUACUAUGACACUGAGCAUAUUUUCGUUCCGCCGUUCAGACCUGACCCUCACACUUCAACACCCGUUGAUCCAUUGGGUAAGCGAGGUUAUUUAAGGGACCCGUUUGAUAAACCUUAUUUCGCCAAGGAUCCCUUUGCUAAGCUCAGAACAACGCCGAAGUCACGAGACGGUUUAGAAAUAGUUGGCAGGGACAUACCAUUUAUCAAGGACGGCAAAGUGUGCAUAGAGAAGCAAAAGUACAGUUUAGAAGAUGUUUUAGCACAGACUUUGGUGUCUGCACUGCUGGAAGCGGAGGAGAUUACCAAGUUCAAGUCUAAAAUUGUAAAGGUACCAACACAACAUCCGAGGGUACUGAGGGACUCUGAUAACUCCAAAUUAGUCCGUGGAGACUCUGACGACUUCAAAUUAGUCCGUGGGGACUCUGAUGACUCCAAAUUAGUUCGUGAGAUCCUGAAUGACAUUGUUGUUUUCAAUAAAGGCACGCCGUUUUAUAUACCAAAUGUCGAUAAGGAAAAGUUUGAAACAGCGCCAGGCUAUGAUUAUCAAAGCUUCGAUAGGAAACUCGCUCGUAACAUGACACUACUACAAGAACUUGAAAAUAACACAAACUUCUCCACUCUAUUCAGAGACAUAUUAAACCUUCAAGAGGAAAGGAGUAUGGAUCUGUGGACUCAGUACCUGAGUAACCCUUUACUGUCAUAUUUGUAUAAAUAUUCUAACGAGGAUAAGAUUAGCAAGUUACCACCUGAUGAAGUCAUGGCUGAUGACCUGUACAUGAGCAUUCAUCUCUACAAACAUAAAUACCUCAAAUCUCUCGCCAUUAAACGACAAUACGAACUCCUCAACCAAUACAUCAAAUUCAAUUUGAAGAGGAAGAGUACUUUGAAGGUGAUGCCGUAUUGGAUAUGGCGUGAGUAUUGGUACGACAGGGAAAAUUUUUACAAUUCGAAUUUGUAUGAAGUCUUGAGAGAAAUCGUGAUAACUGACCCGAGAAUCGACCUGGGUAAAGUAACUGAGGGAAUAUUUGACUAUACAAAUCCAGUAAAAAGGCUCAACACUUUCAACGUAUUAUCCAGGCCAAGUGUUAAUAAUAUUAACAAAUAUAUCAACUACGCCAUUGACAAAUACGGCCAAAUCUCGCCCAAAAUUGAUCAAAUUAAACACCUCAUCAAUUCGUAUUCCAAGGAUAAAUUAGAACCAAUUGAUCCCUUUUACAACACAAACACUAUUAAUAUGAACGACAUCAUCGAUAAACUCGUUCAAGACUAUACGAAAAACGAUGUUAUGAGUACUGUAGACAGUCUGGAUAGACCUGGGAGUGGUGGUGAUCAAGUGUCGAAUGACCCCGUGUUAGCACCUGACCCUGUGUUAUCACCUGACCCUGUGUUAUCACCUGACCCUGUGUUAUCACCUGACACCGUAAAGGAAUCCGUAACGGAAUCCGUAAAGCUGGAUAAAAACCUGUUAGGCUAUGAGUUUAGAAAUAUCUUAAGUAGUAAAAACUUUGAAGAAGCGUAUAAAAAGCAUAAUAUGAAAUACUUUGGUACGCCAGACUACAGUAUUAAGCUGGGCCAACUUGUUAAAGGCAAAGUGUUCAAAGUACUCAAAGAUAAAGUAAUCGUCGACAUCCACGCACACACUCUCGCAGAAUUAUCACUACGUAACUUCUUCCACUCACCCGCCGAAGUUCCCAUGGGUGGAUUUACGAUGUUGUUUAAGGCUGGAGAUGAGUUAAUUUUUGAGAUUAUUGAGUUGUAUGACCACAAAAUCGAGGUGUCCCUCAAGAAAAUCAGGCAGUUCCACAAGUACCGAAAAAUACUCGAAAACAAACACAACGUCUUCCUCGCCAAAGUACUACAACGGUACCAAAACGGGAUUCUCGUACAGUACACUGAGAAUACUAUUAAUACUAUUGACACUGAGAAUACUAGUGCCACUACUGACACGGCUGAAUCUGGUAAUACUACUGACAAAAGUGCUACUGAAAACGUCACGGUGGAUGUAUCGAAUACGGGCUUUGUGAAACUGAAGGACUUGUUAGAUAAGUAUAAGAAUAAGAGGGACGUGGUUGACAUGAACUUGGUGGGCCAGGUGAUCCCAGUAACAUUUUCAGAAUUUUUUCACGUGCACAACGUGCCCUCACUGAGUAAUAAAGACGCCCUUAAGAAAUUACAAGUUAUUUACCUCAGAGAGGAUGAUAUCAUCAAAGGACUCGUCAUCAAAUCCACGCCAUACUACCUCAUUCUCAAGUUUGGGAAUUUGCGGGGAUAUUUGUAUGUGAAUGACAUGAAUAGUGAGACGUACAAACAACACCUCAUCACCACUCCCAGAAACAUCAUCGCCCAAGUCAAAUACAUCAACUACCGUGACGGUUAUGUAAUGUUGAGUAAUAAUGACGUAUAUGAGUUGAGUGAGGAUAAAUUAAUGAGGACAAAUGAGUUUUUAGCGGAGUUUAACAAGUACUCUCUUGAGCAAAACCUCGAACAUUACCGAAAAUUCAUGGCUAAUUACACACACCACAAACCAACCACAACCUACACCGACACCGAACAACUAGUCGAAUGGUAUCUCUACUAA